UACUUUCUUGCAGCCGGAGAAUCACGGAAUGUGUGAGGUGGUGUGGUGAUAACGCGAGGACGUCUAGUUGCACAUCUUGACGGAUAUUGAACUGGCCAUCAGGACAAUAACAACCAGGACGUUAAGGUCACAAACGGUCAUGGAUUAUGUGAAGGAGAUUAAAGCCUUCUCUGAAGAUGGCACGAGCCGCAUUGCACUGAUUUAGAUUUGACUUGGGAUUGGGAAUAGCUUUCCCUAUUAAAAUGAAAUUUUGCACUUAAUCGGCGUUUUACCUGUUAAACACAACAGACUGUUAAUAAAUGGUUUAAUGAACUUGACUAAUGCAAUAUAUGGAGGAGAGUGGAGGAGUAGUGGAGAGAUUUAUAUUUUGAAUGGCAGAAUGAAUUAUGACUUGUUUUUGGAAAUCAAUUAUAUAUUAGAUGAUUUUUGAACUAUGGCCUUAAAAGAUAAGAAAAUACCUUUAGAAGAACAAAUUAAGAAUGCAAUGCAAUCAUACCUUGGGCAACAGUUGAUUUGUAUUGAUAUUCUAAGUAACAUGAAAUUUAUUGGGCUUUUUGUAAUUCUAGCACUUUGUGCAGUCUCAUUUGCUUCUAUACGAAGUGGAAAUUUCACACAUCCUGAUCAUCCAGGGAAAUGUGUUUAUGGAAAUUUGAUUUUAUCUCCUGGAGAAGCCGGAUAUCCUGAUGAUAAAUGUGUGCGUGUCUUAUGUUUCAAAGAAAAUGGAUAUGGUAAAGUUCAUGGCUGUGGUGCUAUGGCAGUAGAACCUCCUUGUGUUUUUGGAGAUUAUGUUAAUCGAAAUGCUCAAUAUCCUGAUUGUUGUGAGAAACAUGUUAUAUGCCCAGAGGCAGUAUAAGAGUACACAAAGUUAUAAUUAACUUUUAAUAAAUAUAUGUUCCGAAAUUAA